CCCCGCCCCUGCCGGGGCCGCCUUGGCAACCGCGGGGCGGCAAGAUGGCGGACGACCUGGAUGGGCUGCUGGACGAGGUGGAGAGGCGGCUGUGGCACCGGCACGGCGGCGAGGAGGGGCCCGCGGCGGCCCGGGGCAGAUCUGCUAAAGUGUUACUGAGUGCUGGCAGCAGUGAAGAAGAUCUAGAUGACAUUAUUGAUGAAAUCUGUAGUGACAGCAGCUUUGCCAAAACACCUCCGAAAUUGCAGUCUAAUUCUGCAAAUCUCACACCUGAAAGAAAUAGUGGUGUUGUACAGGCACAUGGGAAAAGAUGCUGUCCAGUGUACUUGGGUGGAAGCCUUUCACCAUCUGGGAUAGGAACAAAUAUUUCAAAAAGAACGUGUGAUCAGCUACGUUGUACUGCUUGUGACUUCCGUGUGUCACUUUUCAAUGACUACGUCUGGGAUCAGUCCUGUGAUUAUCUUUUUUUCAGGAAUAACAUGCCUGAGCUCAGUAAACUACGAGCAAAGAUGAUAAAGAAGAAAGGAGCACGUGCAUAUGCUUGUCAGUGCAGCUGGAGAUCCAUUGAUGAAUUAACUGACCUCCAAACAGAGCAGCAGCUUCGACGUGAUUCCUGUGUGUGUCGCCCUCUGAAAGAGCAGAUCUCAGUAGUGAUCAGAGGCAUCAUGCACUCUGCACCGUGCUUACCUUGUCCUCCCAUGAGUGCUUGUUUUAGAACCUGCAGAGGCCCAGCAGUGUGCCUGGGAAGUCUAGCAGUGCUUCUUCAGUGCUCCAGACUGCUCCUUCCAGUGCCCAUGCAGCCUUGCUGUAGAGUCAAAGGUGAGCUGGCUUUGGAGAGUACUACUUCGCAUGAUGGUAUAGACAUAUUUAGGGUCACGUAUUGCUUUCAGUGAAUUUAAUACUUCAGGCUGAAGUUUCAACUGCUAGAGUCCAAAACUGCAGUUUCAGGACCAGAGACCAGUUGACUACUGCUCAGUCAGCUCCUAAAAGAACUCUGCUUGCCUUUGUGUCCUUUGUGAAGAUGUAGCCCUGGUCUGGGCUGUGCACAGUGAGUGUUCCUGAGUGUUCUUCAGGUGUGCCCAAGCGACUUUUCAUGCCUAGAGAACAUCAGUGCUAAGAAUAAGAGAAGAACCCAGAGGUAGGUAACAAGCUUCUCUGGGGAAGAAGAAAUCUACUUGCCAUUCUUCUCAAAGAAUGCAUUUCAAAAAGAGCUGCACUGCCUUGGCUUUUCUGUUCCAAGGCUAUUUGAAACGCAUGACCAAGUAGCUCCACAGGGUGUCUUUUGGCUAGAAUUGUACUGGAAUUUGUGUCACAGUGUAGAAACAAGCUGGGCUUGCAACCUGUGAGCCAGAGAUGGGCAAAAUCCUAAUUCCCAUCUCAGUUCAUGAGAUAAAGUCUUGCGUGACUAGGAAAGGGAGCAUUUCUCCUGUACUCUGAACAUUCUCCUGAAAUAAUCGGGUUUAUUCAAGUGUAAUUAGCUUGUUUCUGGCCUUGGUCAGAGUGGUGGGAUAUGACAGCCUUUUGUCCAAGGGAGGUUGUAAACAGGUACAGAAUAGUACUUCUGGUACAGGUUUUCAGAAUUUAUCAUAUUUCUAGAUUUGAGAAUAAUUGCUGCGUCAUUAGGUACAAUUAUUUUGUUGGAAGGAGGAGCAGUAUUAAGAUUUUAUUUCCUUUCCUUUGUUUUCUUCAGUUACAUGUUACAAACCACUCCAAAGUCCUUGGAUGAAAAGAAUGUAAAGAAAGGUAAAAUUAGAGCUUAAGUGUUCAUUUGAUGAAGGCAUUGUCAGAUUGUACAAGGUUCUCAAGAUGUAACCCAGACCCUAAGUGAUAUUUCUGUGUCAGUUAUCUGAGAUAGCAGGGAUUAUGUAGAGAAUUCUGUUUAAGAAUAUGUAAAGAAUUCUUUUUAAGAAUGCAAUUCAGCUGUUGUGACUGGAAGUACUGGAGAACAGUGUUGCUAAGUAUAAACAUGACCACUGUUUUCCUCCAGGUUUUUGCUUUGGAAUAAUAAUACCAUUUCCAUUUGUGAAAUGGGCAAGGUGAAAAUUUAAGACUUUUAUUUUGCUUACUGAUACGCUUGGAAAUUUCCUAGCCUGUCCUAUCAGUCUGCAACAGACCCCUCAAAAAAGCAAAAGCAAUGAAGAAUGACAAAAUGAGAUUCCAUCAGAUUUUAACAUGCUGCUCUGACUUAUUUUUCACUUGCUUUAACUGCAAACUAUGGAGGGUGAAUAUAGCUCAGAAGAGUCAUUAUUAAGAAGCAACCUGCCAUUAAAGUUAACUUACAGAAGCAUAAUAACAUUACAUAUUGCAAGCUCUGCACUGUAUUAUAUCAAAUAAGGGGUUUUUUUUGUCCAAACACCUAUUUUAGUUUUGUACUGAAGAUAUUCUACAAAUGCUGCCACUUGCUGAAAGACUGCCACUUCUCUUGUUUCCUGACAUGUGAGUCUUUGGGUCAUGUAACCAGCACAUGUGGUAGUCAUACAAUACAAGAAGUGUUAUGUCAGGAGCUGCAUAUGCAAAUUUUUCUUCCUGCCAGGCUCUGUUUUCAAAAGAUAUGACACUGUGGUGUAACACCUGAUAACUGCAGGCAGGUGGAGUAAAGGGACACCAGGUGCUGCUCAUUUGUGAGGUCCAUAUCUGAUGCCUGGGGUUUGGCAUGUUUGCUUUGAGAAAGUUUUUCAAAUGUCAGCACUUACUUAAUAAAACGAAAAGUUGGAACUAAUCUGAA